UAUGUACGGAGUCCACUUUCCACUUGUAGAAGCAAGAGUCGUGUCCACUCAGUAGUCGUUGACUGCGGACAUAUUUUGCAGAAAAAAAAAAACAUAUUAAAGCUCCUGUUACAGCCCACCAAAUACGAUAUGAAUGCCUCAAGUCGAGCAAAGAGUCAAACCACAUCAGCUCGAUUUCCUAGUCUCACAAGUGACCGACGACAGCCAGCAUGAGCGCAUUCCACGACGAUAAUUUCUCUGUGACCAAGGGCCCUUCGGGGACCACACUGGUUCUAUCUGCCGAUGCCCAUGCGCUGCUUAGUAGUAACGUCAAUGUCGACACGCCCAAGCUCGCAGUGUACGCAGAUACCAUAGCGCUUGAACCUGAACUCACGAGCCCAGGCAAGACCAUCCAUCUGCAUUGCAACAGUCUUGUGCUCGGAAACUCUCUGUCUCUCAACGUCGCAGGCCGCGCCGGUCUUGAGACGCCUGACUCCACAGAUCCAUCCGCGGCAAAUGGGGGCGCUGGGGGGCACAUUGUUUUGCACGUCCACAAUUUGCCGCUAUAUCCGGGAACAGAUUCUUUUGCCUUCUUCGAGAAGGAGGUCAAGUUCAAUAUAAACGGGGGCCCUGCUGGGAAAUACAAAACCCCAGUUGCUCCUGACGGCACCCUGCUCGAUUUUGCCAUAGGGGCUUCGGAUGUGCCUGGCCAGGAGCUGGUUGAUCACGUGAAGAAGGUGGUUGAUGACAUGAAGGCGGUGGUUGACAAGGCGGUGUUGGUGAAGGCUCCAGAUACUUCCGGCCAGGCGAUGCUUAAUGGCAUGGUAGGGGCUUCAGGCUCUCUUCGGAUAUUUUAUAGCAACCCAAUGCUCCGUGCUCUGUCCGCCACCAAAGAGAUACACGCGUCGAAUGAUAGUUUACCGAGGCGUCUAGCUCUCCUUCGGACUCGCUGCUUACCGGCGCUUGACAGUGAGAUUUCAAAGACGACGAGUCAGUGGGCUUCCUCAUCGUCGAAGUUGUCAUGGCUCAAGCCGAUUACAGACCGGUGGCGAGCUGAUUUCCUCGCAAUCAAAGAAGAGGUUGAUCGCUCGUUUGAGUCUCACGUUUUGUUUGUUAGGAUCGCAGAGCUUUUAAGGUCUCACACACUUCCACUCAGCAUUUCCGAGUCUGUGGAUAAGAUACUGGCUUUUUUCGGAAACAUUCAGGCCAUGCCGGAUUAUUCCGCGCUCACCAGGGACACCAGAAGUGUUUUCGAAAAGCUCGCCGAGGCACUGAAUACUUGGUUGGAUCUGGGUCCAAGUCGAACCCCCAAGGCAAUGGAAGUGUGCCUGACAUAUCUCAAAGCCGAAAUCAAGACAGUUACCGAGACCAUAGUAGCUGUUGAGGGCAAGUGCCAUCAGACGACUACACCUCUGGGUGACCAGAUUGACAAGGCACAUUCCGACUUUAUCGCGCUACUCCAAAAGUGCGAAGAGAAGCUAAAAGGUUGUUGCCAACCAUGCGAUAAUGUCACAGUCACGAGAGUAUCGACUGGUCUUGACGGGUCGAGUGACUUGAAUGUGGAUAUUGCUCUCGUCCAUCCGGACCAGUGCUUGAUGGCCCGUCGCCGUGCCGAUGCUGCAUUUUUUGCAGGGGAUUACAACUCUGCCUCUACAAUCUAUACGACACUUCUUGAGAAGCUUUCUUUCCUUUCGAGAAUAAGGACAAAUAAAAAAGAGGCUGUAGAAGACGCGCCUGCUGAGAAAUGGCCGCUGUACCACGCUUUUGAGAGUAUGGAGCAGGAAGAAGGCCUGUGCCUGUGGUGGUUGGAUACCUUGGAGUCGAUGCGCAAAGAGACCCAAGCACUGAUGGGCCAGAUGAGUAUAGGGAUGGAUAUGUUCAACCUCGGAGAAAACUGGGCCCCGCGACUCUCGUUCAAGUACUAUUUUGACUAUGCCCAGCAGCAGCUCGGCCGGCUCAAGACAUACGAAGCUUCGUACUGGCGUGCUUUCGAGCAGAAUCAGACACAGACGGAGAUCAGCUCAGCGCUGAGAGCCACAAUGUCUGUCAGUAUCUAUCAGCAGAGAGACGCCGAGGAAAGACUGAACAGCUCGGCCGCGGCAUUCCAGCGGAUAGAACGUGAGCUGGUUGAGCUGAAGCCGAAGUACCAUCAGGCGGCAGAAGAGCUUAGGAAGAAUCUGGAGGCUGUUGAAAAGUCAUUGAGGGAUCACGAUUACGUCAGUGCGCCUCGCAUUGUCAAUACCAUCGGUAAAGUUUUUGCAGGUGUUGCCAUGUUAUUCUCGGGCCCCGUUGGAUGGAUUGGUGGUGGACUUAUGCUUGGCAGCACGGGGAGUGACAUAGCAGGUAUGGUUGAUGAUGCCUCGUCAAAGAUAAAGGACUCGUUUGGUGUGGUGGUCAAUAGGGAGUACAUUAUUCGCAGUCUGGAUACAUGCGACGACAACCUCAAGGACCUUGUUGACUCUCUCGGCUACACCACCAAGGCGGAUGGCACAAAGCUCAUCGACGACGACGGCGCAGUCAAGAUUGUGGCUACUGAGAGACAGCUGAAGAAUUAUCUGGAACAGUUCAAAGACAAAUUCCCCGAAAACAAGGCUCUAAAGACUUCUCUGGAUGAGUUUGUGCGGAUAUCCCAGAUGCAGAAUAACAGGAUCGUGGCCUACAACAAUGCCGUCAUGGAUUGUUACCACCAAAUCCUGCAGCGGGCCACAUUUCAAAAGCAGAUUAGCAAAGCCAGCUCUGACCUCAUCAAAACAAACCGCGGUCUCCCGUCCAUCCUGGGUUUCUACCGGAAACUUCGAGACCAGAUGCGGCUCAGCUUCCUGCGGACAGUGAAGCACAGCGCCCUGGCUCUCAAAUUCUGGGGUUUGCAGGCCGCACCGAGAUUCAACAGCAUCACACCUCCCGGUAUGCUGUCCAAUGUGGACGAGUUGGAGGCGCAUAUUGGAGUUCUUCUGCUUGAAUAUGAAGCCUGCCUCAUGAUCUUCGGAAGGCUCGCCCAGAUCACUUGGCCCAGCACCUCAGGCAGCAGGGGCAUCUCAUAUAAGCUCACGGAGAACGAGUUGAAAGCUCUCAAAGGCGGCCUGGACGACCCGCUAAGUGCUGAAAUUAUGGGCCGAAACAUGAAGUGGGACAUAACAGGUGCAGAUGUUUCGCCAGCAUCAUUGCCGUCUAAGCCCAGGAUAUUCACCACGGUCGUGACGGGUCUCCAGCCUCCAUCGACCCGCGUUACGACCCUGGCAGAGAGCCCGUUUGCGGGAUGCGCAAACGUGCGUAUCACCCAGGUGUGUUUCCGGGUCCCGAACCUACGCAUUGGCGGGGAAAAUUCGAGGGCACUUGACCGUUUAACCGUCGAAAUUCGCCACGAAGGGGUUGAAUCCAUCGUCGACCCCAGUGAUCAGGUGCACAAAUUUGAACACUGGCCAGUACAGAUGCUCAGUAUAACAAACCCUGAAAAGAACAGCGUUCUCGUCAGGCAGUCAAUGGCCCCGGAGAGUGAAGGCUUGCACCUUAACGAGAAAGUACAGGCACCUAUUGGGCCGUUUGCAAUUUGGAGAAUCGUUAUCCGUGAGAAGGAUCAGGGUGGAUCGCUAAUUUGGGAGGAUGUGAAGGAAGCUUAUCUUGAUUUUGAAGGACAUGCUGUACCUUUCCAGGUUUAACCACAGCACAUCAGCGCAAUAGUACUUGAGGGUCUAGACCGUACUUACAACGUGGCCUAUGAGCACCCUUUUGAAGAAUACAUCUGACCAUAAAAUUGGUCGUUCUUGCCUAUCAUUCUAAUGAACUGAAGUCCGCUUAGGCUCAGCCUUGGUCCAACCUGCUGUAUUAUCCCCGCAAUAUGCAAGCGAUAUAGGCAUCUAUGCAGAGGACAAUCAUCUGAAUGUAU